AUGGGUAGCUUAAACGUUAAUCGCAAUGUUAGCGAUGCUUUUUAUCGGUAUAAAAUGCCAAGAAUUCAGGCAAAAGUCGAGGGUAAAGGCAAUGGCAUUAAAACAGUUAUUGUUAAUAUGAUUGAAGUUGCAAAAGCUAUUGGAAGACCAGCAACUUAUCCGACUAAAUAUUUUGGCUGUGAAUUGGGUGCACAAACGCAAUUUGAUUUUAAAAAUGAACGAUUUAUUGUCAAUGGGUCUCAUGAGGCAGCUAAGCUUCAAGAUCUUCUCGAUGGUUUUAUUAGAAAGUAUGUUCUAUGUCCGGCUUGCGAUAAUCCAGAGACGGAAUUAAUUGUCAGCGCUAAAAAGGGAACCAUCUCACAGGGCUGCAAAGCUUGUGGUCAUCAUGGUUUGCUGGAGAGUAAUCAUAAGUUGAAUACUUAUAUUCUGAAAAAUCCACCUAGUCUGAAUCCAGCGGCUCAAGGCAGCUCGUUGACUGAGGGAAAACGUGGCAAGCGCUCCAAAAAGGUCAAUGGUGAUUCUAAUGGUGAUCGUUCAGGGUCUCCGGACAAUGAUACCAGUUCUACUGAUAUUGUUGUUGAGGCACCGGAGAUUAUCAGUGAGGACAAGAAAUCUAAUGAUGAUGGCGUUGAUGUUAAGUGGGCGGUUGAUGUGUCGGAUGAAGCGGUCAGAGCACGGCUUCAGGAUCUCACUGAGGGCGCUAAAGGGAUGACUAUUAGUGAGGAUUUGGAUAAAAGCGAGAAGGAACGGAUGGAUAUUUUUUAUAAGCUUGUUAAGACUCGACGUGAUGCGGGGCAACUUGAUAAUCAUAAGGAGCUUCUUACUGAGGCGGAGAGACUUGAAAUUAAGACCAAGGCUCCGUUGGUUCUUGCUGAGCUUUUGUUUGAUCAGGGGAUCCCUGCUCAGGUUAAAAAGUACCGGGUUUUGCUACUGCGUUUCACUCAUGAUGAUAUUAAAGCACAAAAAUAUUUGAUUCGCGGUAUUGAACAGGUCAUUGCCCUACACAAGGACACGCUUAUGCCUAAAGUUCCUGGUAUUCUCAAGCUUUUUUACGACAAUGAUAUCCUAGAAGAGAAAGCUUUGUUCGAAUGGGCGAGCAAAGUGAGUAAGAAGUACGUUUCAAAAGAUAUAUCACAUGAAAUUCACGAGAAAGCAGCUCCAUUUAUUACCUGGCUCAAGGAGGCUGAGGAAGAAGAGUCUGAGUCUGAGGAUGAUGACGAAGACGAGGAUGACGAUGUUGAGAUCGAGUACAAUGACAGAGCUAUUCAGCCGCUCAAGCAGCAACAACAGCAGAACCAGAAGGCUGCAGCUAAGCCUGUGGAAGAAGAAGAUGAAUAUAAUGAUAUUGACAUUGAUGACAUUUAA